AUUCGAAUUAUUAGUUUCCAACAGUUAAAUUAGGAGAAUGAUACCUAGGAACGGUAGCCAAUCUGUGCCAGCAUACCAGGAAGGUGUUGAUUCACCAGUAGCUCUUGAGCAAAAAGGACAUAUGUAUCUGCACGUUGUGGGAGUAAGUGGUGAUCUUGAUCAUGAAGAAGACGAACCUGACAUGUGGGGUGACAUGGACGAGGAUUUAGCAUUUGAGGAUGACGAAAAAGAUGAACCAGAUAAGGUACCUGAAAAUCAAUCAAAAGUCCCAGGUGAAGAUCUCCACGAGUUGGAAGCUGAAUCACAAGUUAAACCACAAGUUGAAUCACAUACUGAACCAGAAGCUGAACUAGAAAUUGAA